AUGGGGCGUUUCGCCUUGCUGAGCCUCGGCUGGCUGAUCCUGGCCGUCUCCCUAAGUGGGGCUGGAGCCCAAACUUCUUGUCCCUUCCGUUGGUACGAGUACAAUGGGUUUUGCUACAAGUUCUUCAGUGAACUCAAGACCUGGAAGGAUGCAGAGGUGUUCUGCAUUGAGCAAACCGCAGGCUGCCACCUGGCCUCCAUCCAUUCGAAGGCAGAGACAGAUGCCAUGUCCAACUACUUGCAACUUGUCGGAAGCGCUGGCGAUAUCUGGAUCGGACUGUGGGAUCCAUUCCAGCACAGAACUUGGCAGUGGAGUGAUGGCUCCAAAACUGACUUCUCCUCCUGGGAUGAAGGAGAGCCCAACAACUAUGGGGGCAAUGAGUACUGCGUUGAGCUGCGGGAACGGAAAGGGUAUCGCAAGUGGAACGAUCGGAACUGCGAUCAUGGGAGUCCUUUCCUCUGCAAGUGCCCACUCAAGUUCCAGCACAAGAAUGAGGAAACCUUGGAGACGGAAAUUGCUGCGCCAGAUUCCACGCCAGCCCCCCAGUGA